GCAGCCGUCAGUGUGUCGCUGGCCGCGGUCGGGAUCUGUGGUGCCCCGUCUGCGCUCUGCUGGUCCGUCUGUGCCCGCGCCGCCGCCCCCCGCACGCGCCUCGUUGUUUACCUCUGCUUGCCACGUGCCUGCUCGUGCCACCGUGCCUGCUGGCUCCCUGGCCUGCCCUGCCUGCUGCGUGUGCCAGCGGCCGCAGUUGGGAUUUCAAUAAAGAGAGGGAUUUCGUCUGUUUUCACGGGGUUCUCUCGCUGUCAGGGAAGGAGUCGUGGUCGCCGCUCGCUUGCUUUGAAUCCCGAAUGACAAAUUCCCGUUCGGGGGGGGUCGGCAUUCAGAGGGAAAAGAGGCUCGUGGCGGAGUAGAUGAAACGGCGAAAUAAAUUAGAUUAAGAGAGAGAAAGAGGGAAAAAAAGCUUGAAAAAUAACCCGAGUUUGUAUACAUCGGCCUCCGAACGAGAACGAAAACAAGGAAAGAGACAAAGGCAGUGCAAGGGGCGUCCCAUAGCCUGCACCUGAGCCAGAGCUGACCUGUGACCUGCCCUGUGGUGGACCCAUCCCCCUGACCCUCCCCCCUUGCCCCCCCACCCCUUGUUGAAGACCCCAACCUAUCCCUUGAACCAAACCAUAGCGCCGGCCAUGGCUCUCUCGAGGAGGAGCUUGGCGCCCGCCCUGUGGCUCUCCCUCGUGGCACUGUGCCUGGCUCUGGAGGCUGCUUCGGCCGGCGACGCAGCGGCUGCAGGAGCGGGGGGAGGGGGAGGAGGAGGAAGUCCCCCCUCCGGCUGCCCCCCCGAGGAGCUGACGGUGUACAGGGUGAAGCUGGAGACGCACUGGAGCCCCAGGGACUUCCCCAAGCACUACCCCGAGUGGCGCCCCCCCGCGCAGUGGUCCAAACUCGCAGGCAUCAGCCACAGCCGGGACUUCGUGCUGUUCCGCGCCGGGGAGUCUGCCAGCCCGGAGGUCAAGACGUUCGCAGAGACGGGAAGGAGCGACGGCUUCGAUAAGUACGGCCAGGGCAGCGACGGCGCCCUGGACGUGUUCAGCGCCCCCGCCAUCCCCCAGGGCGUCGGCGAGAGCGAGUGCGACUUCUUCGUCGACGGGAACCACUCGAGGAUUUCGCUCGUUUCCAAGAUCGUCCCGUCGCCCGACUGGUUCGUGGGCGUGGACAGCUUCGAGCUCUGUGAGGGCGGCAACUGGGUGGACAACGUCAAGAUCCAGGUCGAUCCCCUGGACGCCGGCACAGACAACGGCCUCACCUUCACUUCGCCGAACUGGCAGACGAGCCCUCCGGAGAAGGUGUUUCGGAUCACAGCCAACUACCCCGAUCAUCCGGCCCAUUCCUUCUACUAUCCGACGCUGCAGCACUUGCCCAGGAUCGCUACCUUCACCAUCACUAAGAUGAAGGAAUACACCCUGAGCGAGCACUUCGACCCAGCGGACGGCACGGCUUACGACGUAGUUAAAAUCGAAGACAUCGCCUACAAGCACUACGGCGACGAGUUGAAGUCCUCAGUCCCUGAAGAUAUAGGGAGCGCGGGCGACCCUGAGGACAGUGAGGAUCGAAAUCAGAACCACGUCUCUUACGUCACCUCCGUCCGGACGUUCACACCAGCAGUGACUACGACUUCGACCACCACCACAACUACCACCCCCGCGCCCUCUCCCGCCGCGCCCCUCCGCGCCCACCACCGCCACCGCUCCCACCAUCGGCCGGUAGUCGGACCACGCCCCUCGGUCGCGCCCUGGAGGCCGCCCUACGACACGGCGACGGAGGAGGAAGUCUCCCGCAACUCUUUCGUCAACGCCCUCCCGCCCGCCAAGACGAGGGACUUGGCGGCCAACAGAAGGGUGUCCCUCAUGAGCAACUCAGUGGAAAGUGAGGACGAGGAAGACGAGGAGGACGAGGAGGACGAGACGAACCGGGACAACGAGGAGCAGCAGGAGCAGGAGGAGCAGGAGGAGCAGGAGCAGGGAGAGGAAGGCCCCGUGCAGGACAAGGCGACGAGGGCGCAGACGAAGCACGCGGGCCGAGGGAGGGCCUCCCCGACCCACAAGCGCAUCCCCACCGGCGACGCCAUGGCGGUCAUCGACGACAUCGUCAAGAACUACCAGAAGGAGCAGCGGAGGAAGAUGAGGAAGCAGAGGCGCGAGCAGAGGCGGCGCCGCAGAAUGGAGCUCAGGAAGAUCCGUCCUCCCCGCGACUGCCGCGUGACCGAGUGGUCCGCGUGGUCCCCCUGCAGCAAGACCUGUGGCAUCGGCGAGCAGACGAGGACAAGAACCAUCCUGAAGCACGCGCGUCGCGGAGGGAAGGCGUGUCCGGUGCUCGAGGAGACCACCUGGUGCGGGUCGGCCGGCGCCUGCCCGAGGGAUUACUUCAUCUGGUCCUAAGGAGCCCGCGGAGGAAGAGGCCGCGGACGAGAGGGGAGGCGGGGGAGA